UGAGAAAGAGACUACACCAAAGACCAAAACAGCAAGAAAAGAGAGAGAGAGAAAAAGAGAAGAAAUGUUAUCUAAAUAGCAAUCUUAUAUGGUUAUAUAGCUAGCCUUUUGGUUUUAUCUUCUCAGAAAUGAAAGCAAGAUAUCUAUCACAACUUGGAAGCUCUCUUUGCAUUAGUAUAUAGUUUCUUUUUCAAGCUUUAAAUAUUUUUUGGUUUGAUUCAAGUCUUUUUUUUUUUUUUUUUGGUUUAUGGCUUUUUCUUGUCUUUUGGCAGAACGAUAACUCUCUCUUUAAACAAUUUGGGUACCAUCCAAAAGAAUUUAUGUUCACUUUUCUUGGCUUUUGCUACUCCUAAAACUAAAACCAUUGUUUUCUUCUUUGUACUGACUCAACAACAACAAAAAUUAAACCUUUGAAAGUUAGUGGUUUUUGUUCUUCUUCUUUCUUUACUAUAUAACUUCCUCUAACUUUUUCCAAUAUGCAAAUGAUUCCCAAUGACCCUUUUUCACUAUCCACUUCAAUUGGAGGGUUUAUAUCUCAAGAACAAAACACAAACCCUAACCCUAAACCUAAUACACCUCCUAUUCCCAAGAAGAAGAGAAAUCUUCCAGGUACACCAGAUCCAGAUGCCGAGGUUAUUGCUCUCUCACCAAAGACACUCAUGGCAACAAACAGAUUCAUCUGUGAAAUAUGCAACAAAGGGUUCCAAAGAGAUCAAAAUCUUCAACUUCACAGAAGAGGACACAACCUUCCAUGGAAGCUUAGACAGAGAUCCAACAAAGAAGUGAAGAAGAAAGUUUACAUCUGUCCAGAGAAGACUUGUGUUCACCAUGACCCUGGAAGAGCACUUGGUGACCUCACAGGUAUAAAAAAGCACUUUAGUAGAAAGCACGGUGAGAAAAAGUGGAAAUGUGAAAAAUGUUCAAAGAAAUAUGCAGUCCAAUCAGAUUGGAAAGCUCACACAAAAACUUGUGGUACAAGAGAAUACAAGUGUGACUGUGGAACCCUCUUCUCAAGGAAAGAUAGCUUCAUUACACACAGAGCUUUCUGUGAUGCAUUAGCAGAAGAGAGUGCAAGGUUAACAUCAGUUACAACAACAAAUUUAAAUUUCAAGAAUGAAGAAGGUGGUGGUGGUGGUGUUAAUACUAUGAUUGGUUCAUCACAAUCACAACAACAUGGUUUAUCACAUGGAAUACUUGAAAAUGUUUCACAGUUUGGUUCACAUGGUUUUCAUGUAGAUUUCAACAACAACAACAAUUUGAUGAUGAAUUCAGAGAACCAAAGACCAAGUUUAUCACUUUGGUUAAACCAGGGGAAUCAUAAUCAACAAAUUUCAGAUAUGGGACAAAGUUCAGGACUUUUUGGUUCUUCAGGUAAUUUAUCUGAAAUAGUUCAAAUGGGAAAUGUUAAUAACAAUAAUGGUUUGAGUAAUUUUGGUAUACCUGUUACUUCAAAUUCAACAUCAUCUGCAAAUCUUUCACUGUCUUCAAGUGUUCAAAAGAAGCAAUAUUCAAAGACUGAAUCUGUUUUACCAAUGUCAGCUACUGCACUUUUGCAGAAAGCAGCUCAAAUGGGUUCAACUAGAAGCACUUCUAGUACUAAUAAUCCUUCAAUUUUUAGUGCUAGUUUUGGUGUAAUGACAUCAUCACCUUCUUCAUCUUCUUCUCAAAGUAACACUAUCAAUAAUAGUAGUAGUAAUGUCAAUGUUAAUAACUUUAGCUCAAGUAGUAGUUUUGAUCAGUUUUUGAUGCAAACAAAUAAUGGACAAGGAAAGUUUCAUUUUUUGCAACAUGGUGGUGGUUCUACUUCAAACUCAAUGGAUCAUCAACAGAGUCAUUUGACAAGAGAUUUUCUUGGUGUGAGUGGAGGAAGAGGGGGUGCAGUUAGUCAUCAGUUUCUACCUCAUGAGCUUGCAAAGUUUGCUUUGAGCCAAUUCACAGGUAAUCGCUGAAGUUGUUUUGUUUUCUUCAUGUCACGUGUUGUGGAAGUUUGAGUUAAGUUGAAGGUUUAUUGGGAAGUUCAUCAAAUUAAGCUUUUCGUAUUUGCUGAAGAAAGUGGGGACUGGGGGACCCACAUUGCAUGUAUUUGGAGACAGGUUGAAGAAUACUGAACAAUUACCUAAGUUGUCAUUAUGCAUGUUCUUCUAAAUGGUUAAUGUUGUUUUUAUCUUAACCUUCUUAUUAUCGUUUUUAAUUUGCUUUCUCUUGAGAACCUAUAAUUCAUGCAUGGUAACGGUAAAAGUAAAAUACUUUCAAUUA